GAUGCGUGGAAUCCUAUCGCGCGUUGAUAUUGCGACUCGCCUCUACUUACAAGCUCCGGCCCAGAUGAUCGUCCGAAUCGGCGCAAUGCUUCGCCAGAACAGCCUGUCCAGCAGGUAUCGUGGAACAUUGUUUAGCAAGUCUGGACCAUACAUAUAGCAUAUCGGUAGAUCCUCCUGUUCAAUGCAAGAAUUGGUGGCUCACCACUCGAGUGUUCAAACGUAACCUCACACUUUCAUUAACUUUCUCCCUGGCACCAGACGUGUUGCUAGGAAAGGAAAUUACACUGAUCAGACGCCUAUUGAUAUGCGUGGCAGCGUGUGGUUCUGGCUCUGGUUCUGCUUCCACACCCACUAUCCACCUGCUCUGCAUGCCUACCUGGACAAUCAUCUCACCAUGCGAGAAAGACUAUGACCAUCCAAUGCGCAUGAACAUAUUCCGGGUCAUGAAAACCGUCUACCGCAUGUUGGACUCACCAAAUGAGCCCUCCGCAGUUGACGAAGGAAGACACAUCGCGACCCUCGGAUACGCAGUGCCACAAGAAAAGCCAGGGCCUCCUGACUUUGCUGUCGUAUUCCGUGACCUGCAGAUCGAAGACAUGGUGCAAAACAUGUGCAUCCCCAUCCCAUGCGAGCUUACGCCGGUCAUGACGGACAUCUAUGAAUUCGUAGUCGCGAGGUCCACCUCCUGUCGUGGGUUGAACCCAGUGGAGGAGUGUGACCUUGCCCGUAGGAUAUGGAAGCAGCUGCAAGCGGAGAAAUACCAUAAACGCCUUUUACAGCAAGAGGUGGUUAGUGACAUAGACAUCGCCUGUUUACGACCAGGCUCUCCGCGGUGUUCUAUAUGCGAAUCCAAUCUUAUCCACUGCAACAACUGUCAGGUUGCAUCGUGCGAGUCAGAUGACUGCCCGGGAUCUUCUGAACCCCCACUGGCGCGGUGCAGUAGACAUCAAAAAGAGGUGUGGUGUUUUCCAUGCCUUGAGGAGCAGGGGUCCAAGUUGGAGCUAGAAAGGUGUCCUGGGUGCAAUUCAUGGUGCUGUACGAGGGAUAUGUCAUCGUGUAGCGGUCAUCCCAUCGGCAUCCAGCCCAUUCCUCGCAUACCCGGCAGCAAGUCCGUAUUUCCUGACCUGAUCGUUGCAUACGCCCAAUCCGCACGUAUCCAUUCUCCAAGGCGCGGUUCCUGUAUGGAAUGCCAGCUACCCGGCUGGCGGAGCUGCAACAGCACACUAUGUUGGUCACAUACGAUCUGCCCGGAGUGCGCAAGCGGUGGAAUGACGUGUCUGUGUCAGGAAGUGUGGGCAUGCGACCUCUGUGCUGAGCAUAACCCAGAGGUCUUCAUUCGCUGUCCACGCUGUAACCGGCCGUUCUGUUGCUCUUGCUCAUAUAUCGACGAAUGCCAAGAGUGCCACCGCACGAACCUCUGCUAUGACUGUGCCGAAGAAGAGUCGGAAGUGAAUGACGAGAUGAUAACGGAAUUUCCUAAAUUCGUCGCGUCAUGCGGGAGCUGUCAGGCGAAGGUAUGCGAUCGCUGCGUAUCGUACCCGUCCUUUGCGUGUGCGGGGUGCUCGCAGCGGCUUUGCCCGUCAUGCUGCAAGUCGUUGUGUGAUGACUGUAAACAGUGGCUUGACGUAUAAGUACCCCUGUUAACAUCACGAAUUGCUUUCAUGUCGAGAUCUGCACGAUAGAAAACAGCACAAGUUCAUCAGCAAAAGUGGCGAAAGCUGACAGGGCCUCGGCAGAUACCGUAAACCUGGCGUAGGGUUCCAAAUAUGGCUACAAGCC